CCGGCACAGAUCAAGCUUUCCUCCAAACUUUUCAGCAUCUUCUCUCACUCUUCCCGAGAAUCAAUUGAACAAUGGCGACCUUACUAGCACCCUACAAUACGGCGAUGCAGCUGGGCUCAGGAUUUAACUCCUUCACCCAGCAAAUGUGCAUCGACCAUGCUGUGACGAGAGAUCCUGACGCUAUACAGCAACAUGCAGAGACAGCGAUCGAGAAACAGGUCGCCCAGGAGGUGAUUUACAAGACCUCAAUUGUCGACAAAGUGACCGACGUGACCAGUGCUAUGAACAUCAACGCCGCAUUCUCCAUUAAAUACGAUACAUUCAAUGCUACUGGCAAAGGAGACUUUAUCAACACGUCGAAAGUCAAGGAGAGUGACAUUAGCUUUAUGAUCACUGUCAAGGUCGUGAACCAAGUUAUUUACGAUUACUCCUUGACCAAGUUCCAACCCAUUUCUGGACUCAAGACGAACAACUUCGCGGACGUGUACGGAGAUUGCUUCAUUUCUGGCUUCCAGGAAGGCGGAGAAUUUACCGCAGUCAUCUCCGUGAAGGCUAAGGAUCGGCAGGCAGCUGAUACUAUCAAAGCACAGGCUGCUAUCGAAUUCACAAAGGACAAACUGGAGGUUGGUGUGAACGGACAGUUCAACCGAGACACUACCGAGUUCUUGAAGGAGAAUGAGACUACAGUUUCAGUCACGUGGACCGGUGGAGGGCAGAACAUCAAGGGCCCCGCCGAGGACUGGACUUUCGAAACCAUGAAAGCCGCCGCGCUGAAGUUUCCUCAGCUCGUCAGCCAAACGCCUAUGCGCACGCACGCCAUCCUCACCAAAUACACUGCUCUCCGCAGCUUCCAAGCCACCAACUUGCAAGCGAGCAUCCCUUAUUUUGAGAAGGCCGGAGUGUAUACCAACAUCCUCCAAGAAGCAUAUCUAGAUUACAAAACCAUCGCCAAGAACCUGCAGAUCCUAGCCUAUGACUUCUCCGCCGGUGCCCAGACCCUAGUCGAGGCACCGGCCGCCAAGAAAGCCAUCGAAGAGAAGCAAUCAAAGGAAACCGACAGCAUUAACAGCGACGAUAUGGUUCCUGUGUCCAGGCAAGAUACCGUCCAAGGUGCUACGGCCCCGCUCAGGAUCACCGAGCCCUAUCCGGCGACAUUGCAGGGUCUGGAAUCUGCGCGACAGGUCGUCCGUUUCAUGCUGAACCGUAUCGUCGGCGAAGUUGAUGCUGUUACGAGAAACCCAGAUCUCGCUACUGAUGAGAAGAGGCGAUUGCCCUAUAUGAGCCCAUUCCUCUUCAAGGAAUAUCUCCCUGUUGGUGUCCCGGUGCCGAGCGCAGAGUCGGCCCCAGCGAUUGCUGCUGCUCCUGCUAACGAUGUGAGCGGGUUGACGGGUCGUAUGGGCAGCACUAUGAGGUUCUAGCUGUAGGUUUUUGGUAUCAUUUAUCGCAUACCAUUUUCUGCAGUUGUUCUCUAUUUCGUCUCACGUAAUUCACGUUUCUUAUCUUUCUGUAAUUUAGUUACGUCAAUUGACUAUAGCAUUGCUCG